AUGGAGCGUACCAAGUGGUUGGACGGCCUGCGCGGUAUAGCAGCUGCGAUUGUGGCCUUUGACCACUUCUUCAUGAGCGAUGUGUGGCAUCCAUUCGUCUCGUUCUGGACUGAUCCGCCCGAGGGAAAUCGGCAUCUGGUUCAACUACCGCCUAUCCGAAUUCUUUUCUCGGCGCAUUCGAUGGUGACCCUUUUUAUGGUGAUCUCCGGCUACGCCAUCUCCAUCGGCCUCCUGAAAGCGCAAAACAGCCCCCAAUUCUUAGCGCGGGCCUCCUCUGCCAUUGUGCGACGGGUUUUUCGCAUCUAUCUGCCCGUUUUAGUGACGGCUAGUCUUGCACAAGUGUUCUAUUUCUUCGAUCUCUAUCACUGGCCAUUCGAUGAAAACUUUCUGGCUACCUUGCCGAAGCCAUGGACUGCCCCAUGGGCCCACCUGACAUGGGUUCUCAAUUAUAUGGCCGACAGUAUCAACAUCAUUUCCUUUGAGUAUCGAGGGGCCCUGAAUGGCCAGCUGUGGACCAUGCCGAUUGAGUUCAGAGGUUCAAAUGUCGUCUACCUUCUCAUCGUCGGCCUCUCGGCGUGGCGGCCAAGGGCAAGGCUCUUUGUACUGCCGGUGAUCGCGGUAUUCUUUCUUUGGUACGGCAACUGGGAUAUUUUCGGGUUUAUCUGGGGUCUUUGGCUGGCUGAGAAGAGCCUCGCUAGGUCCCCGGUCUACGACGAGGACACCGAUGAGGGAUUCGAAAUGGCUCAGUUUGAAGACACCGCUAAACCACGCUUUGCAUUGUCCCUCAACUUGAGCUUCUGUCGCGGGAAGCGUCGGUGUGGUAAUCUUGGAUCCAAGAAUUGUAUCUCUGUCUCACGUGUGGCAAUUGCGCUCACAUUUGUCGCCGGUUUCUACCUUCUUUGCCUCGGAAACGACGGACACCUACCACCCGGGUACCAAUUUCUCUCCAUCUUCCAGCCGUCCCGCUGGAAGAAUAAUUGGGAUAUUUACCACUGGUGUUGGAAAUCUAUUGGAUCAGCUAUGCUUGUCUAUGGAAUCGGGGAGUUUCCGAUCCUGCAGCGACCGCUAGACACGCGACUGGCUCAGUAUCUGGGUAAGAUCUCGUUCGCGCUGUAUUUGCUUCAUGAAACAAUCUAUGAACUGUGCAGGAACCCGCUACGUGAUCUUAUUUAUUCAAUCUUCAGUGGGGUUGAAUAUACCACCAGCGGCGAGGCCUUGAGUGCGGAUACACUCGCAUUCCAUGCUGCCUGGUGGAUAACCGGUCUUUUGCUCGGCGCUCUAACUGUUGGGGCCGCACAUUACUAUACCAUAUACGUGGAUAAUCCCUGCGUGGCAUUCGCGAAGCGAGUAGACCGAUGGUUUAGUUCUUAA